GUCGCUCUCGGUUUUUUCCGCCACGACUCAACCGCCGUGGGAACCGACGAACCAUCAACGGGCGACGGCCCCGGUCGCCGACGGCGACGGUUUGCCCGUUUUGCAGUUUUGGCGCGGUUUUUCAGCGGCGGCGGAAGGACACCCGACCGGGAGCGAGCAUAUAAGCAGAGGGAGCCGGGCGGGCCACACCCACUGUGCGUCUGCCUCCGCGCAGGAUAAAUCUGACAGGAUAUAAACACCAUGCUGCCCUGCUCCAACUUUAACUUCACACGCAGAAAAUACCUCCCGAGCUGAUAACCCUGCAACAACCCCCCCUUACAAUCAACCUUCGCGCUCCCUGGACUUUAUUUGGAUAUUUUGGACAAUUCCGCCAUUUUUCCCUUCUCCUUGAAUUACGCGUGCAGAGCCCCGCUGAAGAUUCUGCCAGCAAACAUGUUGCAAAGCUUCUCCCAGUCUCAGGACUGGCUGUACACGGAGCCGCUGCUGUUCGAUGACGAGUUCUGCCAGAGUCUGAUGAAGGACCUGCAGUCGCUGCCGACGCCCCCCCAGUCCCCGCCCAUGAAGGCCGGGCCGGGCGCCGGCAAGCCCCUGUCCAAGGAGGACCAGCUGAGCUACGUCUCUGACAUCCUGCUGGAGGACCACGACAUGCAGCUCAACUGGAACUGCGACUUCUUCCAUUCCGGCGCCGCCGCCGACGGCGAGAAGGACGGCGAGCUCAGCCUGCCCUGCUCGCCGCUGGAGGAGAGCGGCGAGGACUGCCUGUGGCGGUGCCUGAACGGCGACAAGAGCCUGGAGGAGAAGCUGGUCUCCACGAUGCUGGGCUCCAGCCCGCUGCUCUCGGACAUCAACACCAGCAUCUUCGAGGAGAUCGCCGGCUCCACGCUGGACUGCCAGAACCUGAUGGAGGCCGAGGAGCCCGGCGAGGCCACGUCGGACUACGGCUCCGCCGGCGGCGAGCUGUCCACCUUCUCGUCCAGCGACUCCGAGGAGGAGAUUGACGUGGUCACCGUGGUGCGCUGCUCCACCAGCCCCUCCCCCCGGCCCCCGUUGGCCGACGUCUCUGCCCGUCAACAGAAGCUGGAGGAGGAGCGGCGGGCCAUCCAGCGCCACAACAUCGAGAUCCAGCAGCAGCACAACUACGCCGCGCCGCGUCCCCCCUCGCCGCCGCCCUCCUCCGCCAAGCGCUCGAGGGUCAGCGACUGGUCGUCUCACCGCCGCCGCCACCACCAUCACCACCGCCACUCUUCCUCCUCCCGCAGCUCGUCCUCGUCGCGUUACCACCACCACCACCGCAGUAGCAGCAGCAGCAGCGGCCACCACAGCUCGUCCCGCAACUCGGCGGAGACUGAGGGCGAGGAGGAGAGGCGGCGGACGCACAACGUGAUGGAGCGGCAGCGGCGCAACGAGCUGAAGAACUGCUUUGUGCACCUGCGAGACAACGUGCCGGAGCUGUCCAACAACGACAAGGCGUCCAAGGUGGUGAUCCUGAAGAAGGCGCGGGACUGCAUCUACGGCCUGGAGGACGAGGGACACCGGCUGCAGUCUCGGAGGGACAAGCUGCGAGCCAAACAGGAAGAGCUAAAGGACAUGCUGCAGCGGCUCCGCAGCUAAGACACGUCCAACAGACACUUGAGAGACUACGUUGGGUGUGUGUGUUUGUGUGCGUGUGUGUGGGGGUGCUUUAAGAGAAGAGACUUUGUACAAAGAGAGGGUGGAGCCGGGGGACAAAGGACGGCGUGUCGAAGACGAGCGCACACAGUUUUGACAUUUCAAGGACAUUUCUCCGGAUGCAGAGACUCGCCCGUUGCCUCGGUGACGAUCGGUAGACAAUAGGAUGCGUUUUUUUAAAGGAUGGAGCUAGUAGACUGUUGUUUUUGUUUUUGGUUGAACGCACACUGCAAGAAAUCUUUUGUGGUUUAAAUUCUUGUUUUGUGUCAUCCCACCUGGAUGUGUUGUUGUUGUUUUUGUUGUUUUUUUUCCUUUUUUGUGCUACUUUUGGGGUGCCAAAUGACAGCGACCAAAUAACAGGAAGCCACGUCAGUUUGGUAGUUGAAUGAAACUUGAAUACUGUGCUUUCAGGAUUGCCUUUUUAAAGCCAUACUAACAUUGAUCCCUCCACUCAGACAGGUGUCGGCCGGCGGAUUCGACGUUAUUUGGUCAACUGCACUUUUUUUUCGAUUCCAGUUCAAUUCCAAAUCGGAUGUCAUUUUAAUGUUUUUGAUCAGGUUGCAUAAGUGUUCUUCGGUGUGCCUUUGGCCUCGGGGGGCGGACCCCCCCCCCCCCCCCCCCACUAGUCUAUCAGGUUUUAUGUGUGUCUGCCCGUAAUUUACACACCAGGUUUUUCUUAAAGACUUUUUUUGUUGUUGUUUCAAGUUGAAAAGUGACUCCACGUGUCACCAGUAGCCAUAUUAAGCAGAUUUCAGGUGUGAAUGUGAGCCGACCACCCGAGGUCGGGACAAAAGUCCGGCGAAGCUUUUGGUUGACUUGUUGGACGCCACAAACGACCAGCGGCCAGCUUCAGAUGCAAAUCAAUUGUCUAAUCUGCUAUUGGACGACCCUUUUUUAAACAGUCAGUGGACCUUUAUCGGUUUGUGAAAUUCUCGCUCGGGCAUCAAAAACAUGUGACAUUGCAGGUUACAUCAUCGUGAAUAUUUUGUAAUUCAAUUAAAGGUUCAUUUUCUUUACCUUCUAAGCAGAUGUGUCGCAUGAUUUUAGUCUUUGAAGACUAGUUUUGAGCAUGAACGAGGGCCGCGGGGUUCAUUUUUUUUAAUUUUUAAAAGAGGGACUUCUUUCACAGGCCCCACGUUGUGCCCAAAUAAACAAAAAAAUCAUUUUGAAAUGGACAAGGAGCUGCCAAAAAAUUGAUUAUAUAAAAAAAAAAAUAAUAAUAAUUCUGUUCUGUGUGAGCGGUUUAGUCCAACUUUUGAGCUUUAAAAAAAAAGAAAAGAAAUCUUGAUAAUGGGGUUCAGGUUUAAACCAAGCAUUCUACUCAAAAGCAUUCAUUGCAGCUGUUCUCCAUUUGAUGUGCUGUUUGUCAUGCAAUGUGCAACUUGAUUUUGCUCAUUUUGUGUUUUUAAUCUGGAGUUCUUCCUGUUCCGACCCGAACAGGCGCUGGUUGGUAGGAUGACGCCGUGGAGGAGUUUUAGAACCUGUUCUGCCUUGAAAUGCAUCUUGUUCAGGACUUUUCCUGUUUGUUAAUGUCGCUGUCUUGUUGAAACAUCUUCUGCAGUUUUUUAAAUUUAAUUUUUUAAGAAGCUUAAGCAUCUUUGGGGGAUUCCCCCAGACUUUUUUUGUGGACUUGAAGUGUUUUAAUGAGACAGCUGGGUUGAUUUUUGUUCUUCGCAUGGAAAAACCUACCUCCACUUGGCUGCAGUCUGGACUGUUUCUUUUUAUCAGUUUAAAUAUUGUACAGACUUUCUUUUUACAAAGAAAAUGUUUAUUUUUGUUAUCGUAUCAUAAAUUAUUCUAGCCUUUUUUUUUUUUUUUUCUUGGAAUUUGAGGAUUUAAAAGAAAUGUCAUUCUUUACCAAGCAGCACUUUUUAAAAAUAUCAAUGUAAUUAAAGAAUGAAUGAGA